ACUGUAAAGACACAAGUGUAUCAGAAACAACCUCACUGUCGCAGACUAUGCGGCCGUGACACUUCGUCGGAAAGAACACUGCCGACGAACAGAUAGCUGCACUGUUUCUCACGCGUCGCGUAGCCAGAGCAACGAAUGCUAACCUUUCACACCUAGUGCAGCUUCUGUUGUGGGACGCACGGCGCCCCCAGCCAACGAUGGACGACGCCGUCUCCAGCGUACCGUAUCUGGACAAGUUAAAGCGACAGGAAUGCGUUCAAAGGAUGUAAGGAAAAAAGCUGGUGCUCUUGCACGUACUGCGUGCGCGAGAAGCAUCGCGGAAGGCCACUGCAAAACUUUACUCCUUUUGCUCUAUUUCAAUGUGCAGUGCAAAGGAGCUUGCGCAAGUCACGAAAGCAGACGAGGGCGAGCUGCUGGAAGCGGUGGCUGGAAUAGAGCGGGAGGUGUUUCAGCAGUGCCAUAACAUCGGGCAAUACUUCCAGGAGAUUGGAACCCGUGCCACAUUCCUGCGGCGAGAGCUGAUCAACCAGAAUGCGGAGACGGUGGUGGGAGAGACGGACCCGGCGGCAGCGUUAACGGCAGCCGCAGCGGCCUCUGAACAGCGGCAGCAGCCGCCACACAUCCGGAAGCAGCCGCCCCGUAGGGCGCGGGAGGUGGCGGAGGCGCGGCGCGGCGCGAUCACUGCGGCGUUGCGGGAUGAUGAUGACUACGGGCUGCUGCUUGAGGAGGGUGGAGGCGGCGGUGGCGGUGGCGGCAGUGGCGGGCAGGCGGCGGGGCAGGAGCGUGCAGCUGGAGGCGGAGGGCAGACCACUGGCGGCGGCGGCGGCGGCAACACGCGGGCGGCUGCCUCGGGAGGCGUGCAGCAGCAGCAGCGGCAGCAGCGGCAGGCGGCGGCGGCGCCGGGGCAACAGAACCGGGGAGGUCACCAGGCACCCCCGACGGCGGCGGCGCACCUGCAGCAGCAGCAGCAGCAGCAGCAGCAGCAACACCAGCCCUGCGACUCCGGUGAGGGCUCCUGCACCGCGCCUGUGGGCGCGGCGGCAGCGGCGGCGGUGGAGCGCGACGGCGCAACCUCCCCAGGAGCCGGCGCCGCCGCUGCAGGGGUUGCUGCAGUCGUGGGCGGCGGCGGCGGCAUGCACGCAGCCGCCGGAGCCAGGGCUGCUGCCGGAAGUGUAGAUGGGGGUGUUGAGGGCGGCGGCGCCAGUGGCGGCGGCGGCGGCAGCGCGUCGCUAGGUGCGCCGCUGCCGAUGCUGGCGGCGGCAGGCGGCAUGUCCGCGCCCGCUGCUGACCUGUGGCCGCUGGCGGCGCAACAGCAGCACCAGAUGCAACAGCAGCAACAGCACCACCAGCACCAGCAGCAAUCCCUGCAACAGCUGCACGCCCAACAACUGCAACAGCAACAGCAACAGCAACAGCAGCAGCAGCAGGGGCGCGGGCUGGUGCUCCGCAGCAUCACGGACGUGCGUCAGGCGGGCGGCGGGCUGCCGCUGCGCCUCACGGCCGUGUCGCGCCGCGCCCCCUCACCGGCGGCAGCACCUGCAGGCAGCGCCGCAGAACACGAAGCAGGUGGCUCGCCUGCGGCUGCUGGUGGUGGUGGUGGUGGUGGUGGCGGCGGCGUCCUUCACCCGCACCCGCACCCGGUCUCGCACUUGAACCCGCAGCAGGCUGGCGGCGCCGGCGCCGGCGGUGCGGGGCCGGGCUCGUGCUCGGGCUCGCCCAUGCAUGCGUCCGCGACAGUCGCCGGCGGCAACCCGCACCCGUUUGCUGCGAGCCGUAGCAACUUGGGCCAGCAGCAGCAACAGCAGCAACAGCAGCAGCAACAACAGCAGCACCAACAGCAGCAACAGCAGCAGCAGCAAACCUUUGCUGAAGUUUCGGGGCAGGGGCGCAUGCCCAUUUCGCGCACCGUCAGUUCGCCCGCCAGCGGCACCUCACACUGGGUCCAGCAGCAGCAGCUGCGGCAGCUGCAGCAGCAAACCUUUGGAAGCUUCGGGGCAACUACUGGGUCGUCUGCGGGCGGCGGCGGCACAGCAGCAGCACAGCAGCCCUACCUCGCUGGCGCCAUGCAACAACAACACCAGCAGCAGCAGCAGCAGCAGCAGCAGCAGCAGCAGCAACAGCUGAGUUUCUCUCGCAUGUCAAGAGGUGGCCCGACGGCGCGUGCUGGUGGGGCGGAAGGCGCUACCGCCAUGCCAUCAGCGGCCGCCGGUGACGGCGUGGCACCCAUGGCCAUGGACGAGGGCGGCGGCGCCGCAGGUGGGGGUGCAGGCGGCGGCAGCGGCAGCGCGGCGCACGGAGGCGGAGGAGGAGGAGGCGGCGGCGGCGGCUCGGCAUCCUGCGCCGUGAGCGGGCUGGCGGCGGUGUCAGAUGCACUCAUGUCCGACGCGGCGCCCAGCGGGCAGCACCAGCACCAGCAUCAGCAGGGCCCGGCGGGCGCGAGGCCAGCAGCAGCAGCAGCAGCAGCAGCAGCAGCAGCAGCAGCAGUCAUGGCCCCCGCGCCGCCGCCGGGCCGCCCGCCAAUGGGGCGGCCGCUGAGUCUGCGGCUGGCGGUGCCGCCCGCGCCCGUGGACGAGCCGGGGGGUGGUGGCGGGGCGGCGGGGCCUUGCGCGGCUGCCGAGGCGAUGGACGAGGAGGACGCGGAGCAGCAAACCCAGCAGCAGCGCCUCGGGGCUGUAGCGACCGUGCCGCCCUCAGCCACCGCUGCCGCUGCAGCUGGCGGCGGCGGCGGCGGCGACGACGGGCCGUUGUUUCCGCCGGACCGGUUCGCGCAAUGCGACGAUCCCAUGGCCCUGCUUCACGAGCUGCUGCCGGACCUCAUAUCGCCGGCUGAGGACACGUACGCGCGCGGCGAGCGCGUCAGGGCCUUUGACCCGCCGCCGCCCACCAUCCUGGAGGGUGUGGAGGUGGAGAUCGACGACCUGCUCACGCCGCAAGAGCUGGCACAGCAGGAGCAGCAGGAGCAGCAGGAGCGCCGCCGCCGCCUGGCGCGCGAGCAGCACCAGCAGCAGCACCAGCAGCAACAGGGGUUUGUGGUCAUCCGGCCGGCGGCCCUGGCGACGGCUUUUGCGCCGCUGGUGUCGAGUGGCGAUGCGGCUCUGCUGGGCUCUGGUGUGACCGACGGCGCGGCGGCGGCAGGCGGCGGCGUGGGCAGCGGGUUGAGCUCGUUUGCGUCUGCGCCGCUCCCGGAGCUGGAGCACAGGCGCCAGCUGCUGCUGCAACAACAACAACAGCAGCAGCAGGGGCUUCAGCAAUGGCAGAGGCUGCUGGUAGCGCCGUCGCACUGGGGUGCCGCGAGUGCUGCUGCAGGCGCAGGCGCAGCAGCAGCCAGUGAAGGGCUGCUAUCUGGCGGUAGUGGGGACGGUGGCGGUGGCGGUGGCGAGGAGGACGCAGAGCAGCUGGCCAUGAUGCGGGCCAAGUCGCCACGUGCCAGUGUACACGCGCGCUCGCCCUUCCUGCCGCAAGCGGAGGAGGCGGCGGCGGCUGCGGGCGGCGCGGAGGGCGCGGGCGGGCGCGGUGCAGCUGUGCGCGACUUCGACCAGUUCGCGACAAUGAAGGCCCUCACUCGCAGCCAUACAGUCGGCGGCAGCACCGGCGCAUCGGGGGCAGAGGCCGCCGCCGCCGCCGCCGCCGCAGCGGUGGCCGCCGAGCUGGCAUCUGGGGGUGGCGACGGCGGCGGCGGCAGCGGCCGCGGGCGUCCGACCGGGGUGUUUCGAAACCUCACCAUGCCGCCACGGCUCGACGGCGGCGGCGGUGGCAGUGCGGGCUGGGACCAGCCUGCGAUGGGCGGCGGCGGCGGCGGGCCGGCAACAGGUGGGGCAGGGGCAGCAGGCGCGGCUCCGCUGGGCGUGGCGACGGCGGCAGGUGGCGGCGGCGGCGGUGCCAGUGAGGCGUUCCUGAGGAGCAGCUGGAGUGCGGGCCAGAACGCUGCGGCGGCGGGGCGUGUGGGCUCGGCCGCGGCUGCCGGCAGCAGUCAUGCAGCCGCCUACUAUUACAUGUCCCCUGAUGGCGGUGGUGGUGGCGGCGGCGGUGCCGGCGGCGGUGCGGGCACUGGCGGUCCGGUAGGGGUGGCCGGCAACGCCACGAUAUCGCGGCUAGCGAUGGCGGCGGCGGCGGGCGGCAACGGUGGCGCGGCGGGCGCGGCGGGCCUGCGAGGCAGCUGGAGCGCCGGCGACUCCAUGCCGCCGCCGCAGCGCGCACCAGGGGCGAUGGGCACGCAGCAGGCGCCGCUGCAGCUGCAACAACUCCCUGCCGCCUACAUGUACCAGCAGCAGCAGCAGCAGCAGCAGCAGCAGCAGCAGCAGCGCCCGCGUUUCCAGGCCGCCGCCGGCAACACGGCCGGCUCGCCGGGCCACAUGGGUGUGGGCAUGCUCGCGCCCGCGCCCUCGCCGGCACAGUCGCCGCUCUUUGGGCAGCACCCACAGCAGCAGCAGCAGCAGCAGCAGCAGCAGCAGCAGCACAUGUUUGCGCGCCCGCAGAAUCGCCCACAGCAGCAGCAGCAGCAGCAGCAGGUGGUGCGGCCUCUGGGACAGCGCCCGCCGCCGCCGCCGCCCCUGCGGCUGGACGUGAGCGGCGGCGCCUUCGGCCACGGCGGCGGCGGCGGCGGCUCCCACUCCACCACGCCCAGCCCCUCGCCGUACGGCAGCAGUGCGGCGCCGUCACCGUACGGCCUGUUUGGCAACAUGCAGGGCCUGUCGCUGCAAGGGCAAAGCGCCGCGCCCUCGCCUGUGGGACCAGGCCCCGCCGUCAGCCCCGUGGGCGGCGGCUUCGAAGUCUUCUCCUCGCCAUACCAGCAGCAGCAGCAGCAGCAGCAGCUGCACCUCCAGCAGCAGCAACAUUUCCAGCAACAACAACACCAGCAGCAGCAGCAGCAUCUGCAACAGCAGCACUUGGCUGUGGCAGGCGGCAGCAGCCGACCUGACACGCCGGGAUCCGCGCCCGGAAGCCUCCUCUACCCCCAGCAUUCACCGCACCAGCAGCAGCACCAGCACCAGCACCAGCAGCAACUGUCCCCGUGGGGCUCAGGCGAGCAUCCCCUGCAGCUGCAGCAGCAGCAGCACCAGAUGCUGCAGCAGCAGCUGCACCCCCAGCACCCGCAGCAGCAAGGCACAUACCUCUCCGUCACCGCUGCCGGCGGCAGUUUUCAGCAGCCCCACCCGCAAACGUUUCAGAUCCACAGUCCCCAUGGCCACCACGGCCACCACGGCCACCACCAUCACCACCAGCUCGCAGGCACCGGCGGCGGCGGCGGCCGCCUGCUGCUGCAUGGCGGCGGCAUGCUCCCUUCCGUUCCCGAGUCCUCCCCCGGCCCAUCCGGCGAGGAGGGCGGCAACAGCAACACCACCUCCGCCAACACCGGCGGCGUUUCCAGCAGCGGUGGCACGGGCGGCAACCCGGCGGGCUCCAACACCACGGGCAGCGGCAGCGGGACUGGCAGCGGAACCGGCAGCGCCGCCGCCGUGUCUCUGAAUCGUGGCAUGGCGGGCGGCACGCCGCUCGGCGGCAGCAGCAGCAGCCCCGGCGGCGGCCCCAGUGCCGGAAGCGGCAGCCGGAUGGUGGCUGCCAGCAGCGGCGGCGGCUUCGGCGGCUCGGCUGCGAGCGGUGGCGGCGGCCGCAGCCUGCUGGGCGGCCUGGCGCUGCAGCUGCAGCUGGCCGGCGGCGGCGGCGGCGGCGGCGGUGGCGGUGUGGGCCUGCUAGCGGCAGGUGGCGGAGUCGGGGGCGGGGGCGGUGGUGGGGACAUGACGCUGGAUGAGAUGAUGGUGCCGGACGUGAUGGAGGAGGGCGUGCAGGCCGUGAUCGCGGGGGAGGACACCGAGAUGCUGGAGCAGGAGAUCCUGGCCGAGUUCCAGAUCACACCCACCUCCGACAUGCCGCCGCCGCCCUCCGACCCCUACUUCCCAGUCAGCAGCAACAGCAGCAAUAUGUAGCGCAGGAUGGCUGUAGCAGUACCGCUGGGAAGCUGUUGUGUCAAGUGUUGCAGCCGCGUGGCGGCAGCUGUAGCACGGUGGCUUGGCGUACGGUUCGUGCCAUCGCCUCCUGAAUAAUUCAUGCUCCCUGAUCCAAGCGGUGCUGGCUUUUGAUGAGCUCCACGCGGCGUUGGCUUUGCAGCUGUUGCCAUCAGCAGACGCACCUGCACUUGCACUUGCUGACGUGCGGUACGCUGUGUUGCCUUGAAGCCUGAGAGACCCGGGACACCCAUUGAUCGAGUUGCCAAGGCAGCUUUUUUGUGGCUGGCAUGACACGUGCCUUCUGAUUAACUGCACCACGCAGUGAUAAACCCCGGAAUACUGUUAAUACUACCAGGAAUGGCUCUCGCAAUUGAUGAUUGCAGUAUGGUACAAUAACUCUGCCCGCGUUGACUAACCGGUAGCUUCAGUCGGGUUGGCGUUUCAAAGUGCCGGGAGAUGCAUCCCUUGCUCUAUAUUAGUUCAUGUGCGUGUGGUUGUGCUUUCAGCCAGACCGCGUCGUCGGGUUGUCUUUAGCUGUAAUUGAGUUGGUGCGCACCAACCCUUGCUGAACCCUUACAUCAAACUUUAUACUUUCCUAGUAGUAACGGGCUUGUCGUUCCAGCCAUGUAGGCAGUUGCAAAAGCACGGGACGGCCGCACCUGAAAAACCAAAAAUACGGGAUAUGGUGCUCACGUGGUUUGCACUUCACGUUGUGUGCGCAAACGUUGUGGCCGGUUGCGCUCUAGCUAGGGGCCCGCCUGCUGGUGUGGGAUGGCAUGCCUUUGAUACCUUCUUCAUAAUCAAUCGGCCCGGCGCGUGCCCAAGUGCUUGGGUUUCACGAGAGACAAACAACAAUUUGGUUGGGCUACAGUGUGCGUGGGUGACUGCAUCUCGCUUGCAGCACAGCAAGGGAGCUCGCGUGUGUGUGUGUGUGUGUGUGUGUGUGUGUGUGUGUGUGUGUGUGUGUGUGUGUGUGUGUGUGUGUGUGUGUGUUAAAGAGCACAAGGAAAACGAUGCGCAAAGACAGUGUAUAUGUGUGUGUGUGUGUGCGCGUUUGUGUGUUUGGUGCACGCACGGGCUGACGACUGCUGGCACCGUGUGUUAGUGACGCACACGUACGGGGAAGCGUGUGUGUGUGUGUGUGUGUGUGUGUGUGUGUGUGUGUGUGUGUGUGUGUGUGUGUGUGUGUGUGUGUGUGUGUGUGUCAUAUUUCGGCGGUAGGCGUGAGCAAUGCUUGGUCGCAGCUAUAAUGAUUAGGGAACAGGCUCUGUACUUGCCUGUCUCUUAGUAGGUCUUCAGCGGCUAUCUGGGGGCCCGAGCCCUAGGUGGCAUAGGCGCUGGGUAGGGUGCUACGAAACAUUGGAUGCUCGAGAGCCAGCAUUUCUACAUGGCUGGGAGUGGGAGGGAGGAUGGUGUGCAAAUGCCUGGGUUGCUGCUGCUUGGUGGUGGGUGGGAUGAAGCACUUGCAGUUGUAGAUGAUUUCCUGCAAACUCAAAUUCGUACGACGUUCUUCAAACGCGCACACAGACAUGGUGGGCGCCGGGUGCAGUAGCAUGGGGGCAGUCUGGUGUGGGCGUGUGGGCAUGUGUGGGCGCGGCGGCCUGCGCUCGUCCAUUCCAUCUACACUGUAGAAGUUCGCCCCAAGUCUGCCGAAGGCGGUGAAAUGUUUGGGGGUUUGGGGCCGCGCAUCUACGGGUGUGUACCGUAGACGUUUUGGCGCGGAUUUGGCGGUAUUUAAGACGUUUUGAGGGGUUGGGGGGCUUGCCCCAUGGGAAAAUAUUUCCGGGUGUAGCUGCUGCGGGAGGGUUCAUCUACGCUAUGUAGACGCCGCGGGCCUGAUGAGGGCAUCUACAAGAUACGGGCACUGGCCGCGCGGCUCGCUGCCGUCUGUGUGUGUUUGCGGCGGCCUGCAGCGAUGGUGGGGGUGACGGGCCGGUGGAGGAUGGGUCGCACGCAUGGGGGCGGAUGUACCGGCGUGGUGCGUGGGGUUUGAUGGCCACGGCAGGGAUGGAGAGCCAGGAUUGUUCAUCUGGGGUUCACCACGGCGUGUGUGUGUGUGUGUGUGCAGUUGAGUGAGCACUGAGCAGCAUAGGCCGUUGGGGGGGGGGUGCGGCCUGAAGGGAUGUGUGGGCCUGGGUACACCCGGGUGCGACCUGUGAGCACGUUUCCGGGGAGGGAGGCUUCAUACAUGAUACAUUCGGGGACGGGUGCGGGAUCAACAGCAGAAUGGGGACAUAGUAGUACGGUAGUACGGUACAGGAUAAACGGUUGGUACUGCUUCUUUUGCAGGCACAGCGGGAUGAUGCCGGAAAGCGCUGGGCAACAGCAGCGUUUGUUGUUUGGCGUGAAUGGUGGCAGAUAAACUUUGCUCUCGCAAGAGCUCUUGAUGAUUAGAAAUUACCGUAGCAUGAGCGUGGAACGGAUGCGAUGGGACAGGGUAAGGGCUUAAGGGACAGGUUUGCGUAGUCCCGUAGCUAAUGUGCAGCGUAUGAGCAUUAGCGUGGAGCGGAGUGUGAUUGGGCAGAAAGAUGCCGUCGUGUGCCGUUGGCCCCGCGGCUGCUGGCCUGUUGCAGCAAGGAAUCAGGGAGCAAGGGUUGUUGUUGUUGCGUUGCAAGGUUGGGAGUGUGCGACCCUUUCCACAGUGACGAGAUUAAGCAAGCAGACGUGGCCAGGCACCAUCCCCAUUUGGUUUGGGCUCGUACUUGGCCAUCUGUCGGAAUGAGGGUCCAUUGGCCCAUGCGAGCCGGCAGGCCUUUAGCGCGCGUAUUAUGCAUUCUUGUAUGUUCUUGCCGGGCGUGGUGGCGUCGGAAUACCCAGUAGCUCAGUACGGGCCAGGGGCUCCCCCGCGAGCUCGCGAGGGGCACCCUGGUGCAAGCCCUGGUGUGACUCCCUGGCCUUUUGCACUUCUCAUUCGCCGCAAGGCCACAUAUGGCCCCAACAUUGUAACACUGUGAAUGA